UCUCGGUAAUUUCGGAAUUUCAAUUUUCCACUCCUACGAUGAAUAACAGUGCCAUAUAAAUCGGUAGAUAAUCUUCAAAGGUUUCUCAUACCAACACAUCUUAUAUAAACAUGUUAAUAACAACUUUAGUAAAGGAAAACUGUUAUGAGCAAAAUAACAAGUGUUUCUCGUGCCGAUUAUUUUCUGAAACAUUCUGGCGCCAUCUUGAAAUUUGAGUUCGGGGGGGGGUGAAUGCCUCUCUUUAGCGCACUGGCUAAGCUUUUGGCGGCCGGUUACACUUUUUUGGCUGAGUUCCACCUCUGUGUAGUAUAUCCUCUGUGACUAUGUUUUAAUUUCAGGGCAAGUUUCGUAUAAAUGGCUGAGUCAAGCGAAGUUGGACAAGCGGUGAAGGAUGUACUAAAGGGUGCCGUGAGUGGUAGUUUAAAAUGGAAUUUAUCUCCUUUUGGUGGUUACAUUUCAUUCGUCAUAACCACUGACAAUAUACAUCUGGCAGAAAAAUUAUUGAAAGUUGGUGGGAAGGCAUGCCUCGGCGUUGGGGCGCUCACACUUGGUUCUUUGUUUUGUUAUAAAACUUACAAAUACCUAAUUACUGACGCCACUAAAAAAGGCUUUGAAGAAUCCGAAGAUAGAGAUGACCAAGAAUUUAUUGGGCCCGAAUCGGGAUCCCUACACGUUAUACUGCAUUGUCUUACGGAUAAGAGAUUUUUGGAAGUUUUAGCAGAUUAUGAAUCUGGACGAAUAGAAGAACGUCUGGAGAAAGAAUUUUCGCAGAUUGGAAUUGAAACAGAAGGACUGAAGGUCUCAAUUGAAAACAUGGAGGAAGUGAACAAAAUAAGGACAGCUAUAAACAUAAGGUAUAUGAAAUUAAUGCACCUAUCAAUGUUAACCCCGAGGGUGGGGGGGGGGGGUCGGGCAAGGGGUGGGGAUUUGACAUUUUAAAAAAAAAAAAAUGUCAAAUGCCACUCCCUCAGGAGAAAAUUCCUGGGCAAAAUUCCCCCACCCCCGGGAUGAAAUUGUAUUCCUAAAGUAUUUGAUUUCUGGUGCACUCUAUAUGUCAGGUGAUAGGGAAAUUACACAAAUACAUUUGGCGGUAUAAUUUAAAAGUAUAACAAAUAUAAAGAACGUUUCAAAUUUGAUAACUUAACUCUUUCUAAUCACGUCCCAGUCUCAUCGAUGCUGGGAGAUUCGAUGGCGAGAAAUUUCAUAUCUUCGGUUCUGUGCAUGCUAUGAAGACAGAAAUACCACCAUUCCAUUCAGAAAUAAAUUAGAUUUAACUAAUUCUUCCCUAUAGUUUUAGUCAUUAUCAACAUUGUAGCGAUUUAUGGGCCUUUGAAAGUCAAACACAAUCAUAUUGUAUCAAAUUAUGCAAUUGUCUGAACAAAAAUAUAGAAUCCCCAUUAAAAACACUACUAAGAGUGUUAUUUGCAAGCCUGUAUCUUCAAAUCUGUAUCUUUUAUCAAUAUAUUUCCAUUUCUUGUCCAACUGUGAGCUCGAAGUGAGUUAAUCCCAACCGGAAAUACGACUGAAAACCAUCAAAACAAUGCGAAGCUUGUAUUGUAUGACCCUGCAAAUGGCAGAAAUGGAUUCGCAAGGUCAAAUUGCACCUACACGUGUGAGUUUGACGUCAUCCCGCUACAGGAGCUUCUUAUUGGCCAAUUAUUGCGCGAUGUACGCAAGUGCAAGUAAAACCCGACAUCUUGAAAAAUUCAAAAUAAAUAUUUCUACUCGCCGUAUUCACCAUGGUGUAGUGGACUGGAACACAGGCUAAUAAAACACAUGCCUGCAUGUGGCAUUAUAUAAUUGUUCAUCCUAAUCAGUAUUCUUAUAUAAUUGUUUGCCCUAAUUAGUAUUCUUUUGUAGUCAUAUUUUAAACUACAGUAUUUAAAACAUGAGUAGGAGUGUUUUAUCAAGACAUAAAACGCUCGGCUGCGCCUCGCGUUUUAUUUCUCAUAAAACACUCCUACUUGUGUUUUAAAUAGUACAUACAUAAUGUGAACUUUUAACAUAUAAGUAUAAAUCGAUAUUAAUAUAAUUAUAAAAUGGCUUAUAAGUGUUUAUUUCUUGUCCAGAAAUCUCCAUAUUUCUUGUAAAAACAAUGCGCGAGACAGCGAGUGAUGAACUAGUGCCCAGUCUUCAGUUUGUUCAAAAAUUGGCUCAGGUUUCUUCAGUAUAUCGUCUGAGAUCAGUGUUAUCCCGACCCAUGGGACCACCUGGUUGAUCAAAUCCCCCCCCCCCCUUUGCCCGACCCUCCCCCCUCAGGGUUAACAUUGAUAGGUGCAUAAUGAAUUGAUGAAUAAAUAGCCACUGACUCAGUGUCUUUAUUAACUAUCAAAUAUUAAAUUUGAAAGGAAUAACUAAGUAAUUUUUUAAGCUUACUAUCCUUAGCCAUGUACAGUAUACCUGUAUAUAGGGUAAUACAAGGAAUGCAACUCAAAAAUUAUAAAAGCGUGGCCAACGUUUUAACACAGAGUAGAUACAUAUACAGAGUUGUAACUAGUGUACCCACUUGUUUGUGCGCAUGCUCGGCAAGUUACUAGAUUCAUGCAUCUGAUUGGAUGACGACUCUGCUUCACUCGCUUUACUGACUGCUCACGGAACUUGCCAAGCACGUGCAGUUGAUCAUUUUUAGCCCGGUCGUCUGAAAAAGUGGGUACAUGAAAACGUAAGCUUCCGCAGUGUUUACAACGGUCAGUUCAGCCAGUGGUGGAUUUAGGGGUGCUGCACUCCAGCAGGUUUUUUUUCAGGAUUUUCUCUUGGGUCCGUUUUUGCAGAGGAGAUUGAGUUUAGCUGAACAGAUGGGGUGGUUGCACCCCCCUACCGGGGGGGGGGGGCUGACACGUGUACUCAAUAAAUGUUGUUGAGACGGAAUAUGUUAAAGCAGGGGCACUGAGGGACACUAUAAACUGGUUAAAGAUGGCGAAAUGCAUAGUUUUUCUUGUGUUGUGAGAUGAAUUCCAGCCAUUUUUUCUUAAUUGGCGGGUUUCCAACUGAAUUUCCACAUGUCACAAAUUUAACUCAAACAACUUCAUUUUUACUGCACUGAAACUUUGGUGAGAAGAUUGAGUUUCAAAAUUCAAUUCAAGAUUGAGUUAAAUAAUCCCUGAAAAAAAGCCUGCCCAGGCUCUGGUCAACAGGGGUGCAUGGGGGGGGGGGGGUGCAAAAUGUUUAUCCUAAUUCUAAUCAACUUAUGUUAAGGAAUUCAGUUGGGUAUCACUAGUUGACAAUAGUGGAAUAGCCAAUAUUAAAUAUUCUGAAUUUUUAAAUGUUUUGAGAAUCUAAAAUUUUCCAGAAUGUUUUCUCAGAAUGCUGGAAAUGCCAUUUCAGAGCCCAAAUUUUAAACCGGACCCCCAUAGAAAUCUCGGACCCCCAUAGAAAUCUCGCGCCUUCGGCGGUCGUUUCGCCAUUGGUUAGCAUCCACCACUGGUUACAGCUCUGUAUAUGUAUUUACUCUGUGGUUUUAAUUUCAAUUGAAAUUAAGCAUUGAUUCAAUGGCAAUAAUGGCGAAUAAUAACAUUGCCUAUAAAUAUGGCGGCAGUAAAGCACUUGGUUUAACUUGUGCUGUUAUAUUACUGUACUUGCACUGUUAUAUUACUGUACUUGCACUAAGGGCGAAAAUGUUUCUAUAUAUACUAGAAAAGGAAACCAUCAAACAAUAGACCUUUCCUCUUUUGACUGAAAUUUUGAUCUAGACAAGUCUGGACAAAAAUUUCAUCACAGCUUGAAAGAGCAUCACAAAAUUAGUAAUAUUCCGAAAUUUCGUUGCGAAAUGUUGUAAAAUGCGGAUAAUAUAGCCUUGCGAAGUUUGCCGUUUUUCAGUCAUUUUGCAUUACAAACGGGAAAUCAGGGUCUUAGCUAGGAUUUUAUAUCUUGGGCGUGUUUCUAAAUUUCCAGGGUGUGCCCCUGUCAAUUGCCUUGAAUAGCCAAAAACAUGAUUCCAGUUAUGCGUGUCAACAAUAGACUAUACCUGUGGUUGUUCUAUAUGCUUUUUAACCAAAUACAAGGCGAGCAUACGCUCAUAUUUCGCACUGACAUUAUAAUAACUUAUUUUAGCAACUUUUGGGACAUUUAAAGCCAUUUUAACAACCAUACGGUUCCCAUUAUCCAUCAAAACAUUAAAACAUCACGGAUCACUUUUACCAAUUUCAACCACUACAGUAGAUUUUACAAAGAAAUGAUGUAUGUUGUAAGUAGCAACACCUUAUUUUAUGAACGUACAUGCACGGCCAAAAAUAAAUACUGAAGCCGCGUUCAUUUCAUCUAGCCGUGUUUUUACAUUGUUGGCCGCGAUAACACGGCCAACACGGCCUUCUAGCUAAGACCCUGCGGGAAAUUGAUAAUCAGAUGAUCAAACUGAUUAUUAAUUUCCCAUUUGUAAUACAAAAUGACUGAAAAACGGCAAACUUCGCAAGGCUAUAUUAUCCCGACAUUUUACAACAUUUCGCAACGAAACUUCGGAAUAUUACUAAUUUUGUGAUGCUCUUUCAAGCUGUGAUGAAAAUUUUUGUCCAGGCAUAUCUAGAUCAAAAUUUCACUCAUAAGGGGAAAGGUCUAUUCAAUUAUGACAAUAUAAGGCACUUUAUAAGCGUACGGGGCUGAUGCUCUCCAGAAGUCGGUUGAAUGUUUACCCAAAUUUUUAUGGAGAAUUGUAAUGAAAUAACCUGAAUUUAGCAUAUGUUUUGAUAAAUCUGCCCGAAUUUCCUAGCAUUUGCCCGAAUUUCCAUGGUUUUCUAAAAGUUGGGGGUGGGGCAGUUGCCCUCCCUGUCCCCUGUCUCAUACGCCUAUGGUGCACUUUCUUUUAAAUGAAAAAGGUUUAAUGAAAUUUAAUAAGACACCAUUUUUUACACCCAACAGGAAGUGGCACAGCAAAAUGGUGGAGGGGGUAGCCCCAAUGCUUUUCAAAGUGCAGAUAGUGUUAGAUUCGUUAAGAUUAAUCACGAAUGCAUUGGGUCUGACCCGAAUUAUUGCAUCAUAUUAGCGAAUUUAGCUCUUAUAUUCACACUGUCAAAAGGUGAUUUUUUAGGACAUUUACAUGUGCCUCCACAAUGCAGGAAAUGACGUCACAGAAAACCCAUAUUCAAUUUUCCUGGGCAGCCUGUCCCUGGAUCUCCCUAGAAUUGUCACAAAUUAUUAAGUUGCCCUCGAAAAUAAGAGGGCCUCCUUAAAUAAUAUACUGGCGGGGCCACUACCUAUAGGGAUAAACUAAAAGUGAAAUACGAUGCCACAACCGCCUAUUAUUACAAUUUAAAGCACCUUGUAAUCCCCAAAAGCGUAUGCGCAAAAUAAAAAUGUCAAAUUAAAGAUGUCAUCUCGGUAUACUUUUGGGAUAAUAGGAAACGCCUUAAGGUGGCUCGAUAUAGUAAUCACAAAAACCCUGCUCAAGAAUCGCGAACUCAAAACCGAGUGACCAUUUUUACGCGCAGGUCGCGGAAACUGAUAAACAAAAUGAAAAGAACUUCCAAAAUGACCUAACGUGAGCAGUUGCUCGCGCCAUACACGUCAUUGCGCGUGUUCUGUAGUGUUUUAUGUCGGUUGCUGACGUCAUUAGAAUUUUCCAUUUUAGAAAAACAAUGCGCUAUAUCUCUUUAUUUUGUCUGGUGACCUACGUUCAAAUUUUGCACGCUGUAUUGCACCGCUAAAAACUUUCAUUUUACAAAAAAGAAAAAAAUUCUGUAAUGCCAAAAAAAUUUUAUCGAAGAAAACGACAUUUUUGCAUUUUCCAAAAAAAUGGCAUUACAGAAUUUUUUUAUAUUUUGCUAAUUGUUAGCUUUUCGUCCAAGUAAAAUAAUGCAAGAAAAAAAAUUGGGGGUCACCAUGCUUCUUUUCCAACAAAACGAGACGAUAGGCCAUUUUGGAGUGAAUUUCGUACGCGUAUGUCGUCAUAGCAACGAACUAUCUGUUACUAAAAAUAAUAAAAUUUGAAAGUAGAGAUAUCAAAAUAUAUAAAAAACACAAUAUCUGCUGAAUAAAUCAUAAAAAUGCGUAGUUUGAACAUGUCAAAGUGUUGAACACCUGACUUUUUGAAAACUGUAUCGAGCCACCUUAACUAUCAUUUUUAUUUCUGUAGAUCAUGGGCCGAAGUGGACAUUGUUAAAACAAGUGAUAUGGAAGAAGUCGGUAAAAACUUAGAGGUAAACUAUACUACCAAUUUUUACUUUUCCUCAAUUAAGUUGGCUAUAUUGCUUGAUUAGAAAACUCGCGUGCAGCGCAUGAUACAUUACAGGCUUACGUACUGUUAAAAUAGAACUAAUACUAUAAAUUUGAAGAUUAAAUUUUAUGAAUAAUGUUUUCUAUAACCUGUGUAGCAGCUGGUUUUUGGGGCAGGACUUGCAGGUGGAAAAAUUAAGAGAUAACGGGCGGGCGAGAGAAACCGUCUGCCAGUUUUCCAUACAUUUUUAUUGCCGCCCAUUGUAAUAAGUUGAUUCAAAACCAGGUGGUAAUGACGAGUUCACACGUAUUACUAUAUAGGCCAUCGUAUUACGUACACAUGCACAUACUGUAAUUGCCUGUAGCUGACCUGUAAGACACUGAUGCUGUCUACAAUAGAGAGUUUUAGCUUGACGUUUACGGCAAACGUCAAACCGCUAACGAAGUUUUUGAUUUUACAAGUCUAUUAUAACAGCUUUUACACUAAUUUUGAAAUAUAAACAAUUAUUUAACUUGUGCUCUUUAGCAAUGAUUUAAAAGAAAGCAAAUUAACUAGUAGUCACGUAUUCGCGAAAGCAGUAAAUUAAGAUUUGGCGUUUGAAGUUUACGUUUGGCGUAUAAAUUUCAUGCUUUAACGACUAUACAAGCCCUCAUGGCAGUUCAAGCAUGAAAUUUAUACGCCAAACGUAAAUUUCAAACGCCAAGUCUUAAUUUACUGCUUUCGUGAAUACGUGACUAGUGGUGAAUUUGCUUUCUUUUAAAUCAUUGCUAAAGAGCACAAGUUUAAUGAUUGUUUAUAUUUCAAAAUUGGUGCAAAAGCUGUUAUAAUAGAGUUGCAAAAUCAAAAACUUCGUUAGCGGUUUGACGUUUGCCGUAAACGUCAAGCUAAAACUCUCUAAUGAGUGAGCCAGAACCUCCAAAAAAGCUGUACCAAAAGGUAGAAAAUAGAAAUCUGAGAGUGUCAAUGACUUUUGCACACUGAGUGUGUAAUUGUCCACUAAAACUUAAAAUUGGGAAUUUUGAGAAAACCCCGUACGUUUCAUCAGAGCAAGGUUUCAAACCACCGUCCAGGACAAACAGCGAUGAUUACAUUUGUGAUUGAAUUCUAAACGGAGUUAAACAUAAUUGUCGAAAGAAUCCUGGAGUUAUCAGAACGGGUUUGUAAAUCCCGCAAUCCCACCUAUUUGCAUGGAUUAUCCACGGAACUCGAGAAAGUUAUUAAAUAACAGAUCAACAAUUAACAGAUUAGCCAAUCAUGUAUUUCCAGUCCAGUGGACUGGCAAUGAAAAAUGUAUGAAAAACGGGCAGACGUUCCCUCACUAAUUUUCCUGCCCGAAAGUCCACCUCCAAAAAACUGGCUGCCAUACAGCAUCUAACUAUGUUUUGUCAUCAUCAGAAAUGUUGCUAGGUUACAUUACAAACCAGGAUAUUUAUAGGUGAAGAUAAAAGCAUUUUGAUAUAUUCACAUAUAGAAGAGAUUAUACAUUAAAAAAAUAGUUAAAUAUUAUGAGAUCUUUUGAUACUUUAGUUCUGUGACGUUCAGACUGCGAUUUAAUUAUUCGAAGAGCAAUAAGAACCAAUGAUCAGCUAGAACUGUCUAUAAUCUUACAGUUAUUAAAUAUUAAUUACUCGCUGGGGCACGAGUAUAGGUUUCGGCAUGCAUUUGUCACGGAUCACGGAUAGUGGAUCUGCUUGAUCCUUUUCAAAAUGGCGGGUCCUUUCGUGGAGUGGGCAAAAUGUUUCAAACAAUUUCGGGCCCCAUUUCGUGAAAAUUUUGAACAAAUUCUACCUGUUUUCUAUGGAUUUUGCAUUGUGUCUAACUCUGGACAUUCUUACUAGUUUAUUUAAUGCGUUUUUCUUGGUGCACGACUCUGAAAAUCCGAAAUUUGGAUCGUUGAAUUCCCGUGCACGAUCAUAAUAUACUGAAUCUGAAUAUAAACGAGCCAAAGACAAUUUCAAGGUAAAAGAUAUAACGUAAACUGCACAACGUAGUUUUAAUAAAUAACGACUUUAUGAGAAGCAUAUUGGUGUCAUAUCAAUAGAAAAUUUAUCGAACAACAGUCCGUGAAAACUGUAGUGUACUCAGUGCGAAAUAUGAUAUUGUAUUUGUAAUGCAUAUUAAUGGCGCAAUAAGGAUAAAAAUACCACCGUUCGAUUCAGCGUAAGAAAUUGUACUUACAGAUGUCAAAUGUAUUACUAAACACCAGUAUCACUAAACACCAUAGCCUUUGAAAAUCAAGCCGGAAAUUGUAUUGUUAGAUAUUCAGACAGUACAUCAUAUUUUAAACUAGUAUACUUAUCAGUAGUAUAAAUGCUGACUUGCUCCUUAAUUUGACGAUAUAUAAAAAACGGCCUCAUCUUUCCAAAUUAACAACGUACCCCAUGAGUUUAAAUACAAUCUCGUGAGCUCCUAACCCAUCGUAACUGACAGUAAAGGUUCGGUCACACGGAGCGACAAGUCGCAGGGGCAUGUUGCAGGGACAUGUCGCGGGUUCGAAUUUCAUCGUGUGUCACAUGUGUAAGCGUUGUCGCGGGGACAAAAAAUUGUCCCCGCGACAUGUCGCAUGAAAUCAAAUUGAUUUGAUUUCAUGCGACGUGUCGCGGGGACAAAAACCGUUGCCGCGACUUGUUGCAUCGUGUGAGCUAGUCUGUUCACAAGUCGCGGGGAAAUAAUUAGUCCGACCAAUCACAAAAUAUCAUUCCCAUGACUACUUGCACGCUCAAUUUCAAUAUAAGUCCUCAUGGGAGUUCUUUGACUUGUCGCAUGAAUUGUCGCCUCGUGUGACCACGCGCCUGUAAGCGCUUGUGCGACUUGUUUUCGCCUAGCAUUGUCGCUUCGUGUGACUCGUUUCGGGCGACAUGUCCCUGCAACAUGCCCCUGCGACUUGUCGCUCCGUGUGACCGAACCUUAAAGCCUGGUUCACAUAUGUCUGCGAUGUGUCGGCGGGCUAUUGUCUUUAGCAGUUCAACCAAAUAAUUCACAAAAGAAUGUAUGCAUGCAUCAAUAGCUGUAAACAAUAACGUCGCAGGCAUAUCGCAGACAUAUGUGAACCAGGCUUAAGCUCAACACUAACUUAAUCGUUGUGACGUCAUUAUUGUAAAUGUGAAUAAAUCCUUGUUUCGGUCACAUUCACAAAUAUAUAUCUUUGAUCUUGACCGUAAUCACAACCCAUCCCUAACCCUAGCUUUAUUGUGCGCGAAACAUUAGAAUCUAACCAUAAACUUUUUUUAAUCUUUCUAUCCUACCGUUACUCUAAUAUCUGUGACAUCAGAGCGACAAUAGUAUGGAAACUUGUACCUAUUUUUGGAACCUUUUCACUAUGGACCACAAUAUCAGCCAAUAAUUAUUUUAAGAGCACACAGAUUAUUCAAUGCUUUUAAUUACACAACAACGAUACACUGUAUCACUAUUAAAGACCACACAUAUACUUCAAAUUAUCACAAGACCACAACUGUACAGUGAGUGCGGACUGUCCGGUAUGUACUAUUUGAAACGCGAGCAGGAGUGCUUUUUAUCAGAUAUAAAACACGUGAGCGCAGCUCGAAUGUUUUAUCUGAUAAAGCACGGACUUUUAAAUGGCUAGUAAACAUAAAAUCCCGGUUCACAUAUACCUACUUACACCUGUGGUAUGUCGGCGGGCUAUUGACAACAACUGCUCUGAAAAACUGUGAACAAUGAUAGCGCAGGUAUACCGCAGGAAUAUAUGUGAACCAGGCUAAAGAAAGAGUAAAGUAAAGUGCUUAGCUGAUAUUUUACUUCGCUUGAAUAUACUUCUUCCCCAAAUUGCCUUUCUUUUGAUUUUACUGAAGUGAAGUCGAUCGUUUAAGAACUGAAUAUCGAACAACAUGGUCAUGGAGCAAAACCUGCAUCCAAAGACGUCAAAUCAAAGCGACGUUACUUCGAAAACUACAGGGUGUAUCAAAUUUUGUCGGCUACUUAUUUUGCUCCUGGGAUUUGAAAAUACAUUCUAAAUAACUAACCGCGUUGAUAGAAAUUAGAAUAACAAAAAGUUAUUUAUUUGUAACGCAAAAAACUAUCAGUUCGACUGCGAAUGGUCAACUCAAGUAUUGUGUUUACGCAUGCUUGGGAUCAAUUAGUUCCGAAUCAUGCAAAUUCCAAAAACAUUGUACAGGGUGUCCCAUCUAUAGAAAUUAUCUUAUUGUUGUUAAGCCCAGGAUUUUUCAUACUCCUAGUGGUAAUUAAAAAUUCAAUUCAAUUGUGUUUACGCGCUCUUCUGUUCAGCAUAAUGCUCAGACAUUCAAAUUAUAACAAUAUGAUAAUUUCUAUAGUAUAGAGGGAAUUUUUUGGGGGGACACCCUGUACUUCAAAGGUUUCCAGGUUUUUUGAUGCACCCUGUAGAGUUGAGGACAUUGUUUUUAAUGUUUCGACACAUGCAAUAACAAAAGCAUGAUCAAUUAUAAAAAGUAUUCAAUGCACAUACUUCAAUCCCAUGCACGAUCCUACUGACUUGCUCCUGGCUGGGUUGCAUGCUUAAAAAAUGCCCAUGCAUAAAUUAAACUAUGUUGUGUAUGCAUUGAGUAUAGUGUAGUGUGCUUUUUGGCAGCCAAAGUACAUUUAGUCAACCCAUGAAAUAGCACGCAAAGCAUCGUUCUUUUAAAACGCCAUGCUAUAAACAUAGUUGGCAGUUGCCGGACUGUUCAUGCCAUGUCUCCGUGUCAAUUACUUUAUUGUCAAAUCAUAUUCAAACAAAAGGUCAACAACCUAAACCCUGUUUAAAUUAUAGCAAAGUGAAACUGAUGGACAAUAAUUGAUUCGCUUUUAAUGCUUGAAAUAAACGCUUUCAGACGUGCAAAUACAAUGUUGAUUUUACUGCUAAGUGCUACAUGAAAUAAGAAAAGACAAAAGAAAAUAAGGCGAAGAGCACAAACGCAUAAAUUCGCUUUCGAAUUAGCGUUAUAAAUUGUUUGUAAUAAACAAAUUCAGUAUACAGGGUGUCUCAAAAAAACCCAAAAUCAUUGAAAUAACGUAUUGUUCGAAUUUCAAUGCCGCAACACAAAGGAUUUUGACAGGGUGAUUAAUUUGUUUUAAAAAAUUAAAAUAUCUUUGUAAAGUGAACGUUUGUUUGCUCAUGGGAAUUUAAAAAUGCUUCGUAAAUUCGUGGGUUUAGUACUUUAUGCCUGACAUAACAAGUUUACGCUGGGUAUUACCAUUCAUUAUAGCAGUUAUGUCAAUCUUUUAUGCACUCGUGGGAUUAACUUAGUGCUAGGGCAUUGAAUAUCGAACAAUACGUCAAUUUCAAUGAUUUUGUUUUUUUUUGAGACACCCUGUAUAUCACGGUGUAAGACCAUGAGCCAGAGCCCAAUACGAACUAGAACUGCUGACUUGCUCGCUCGCUUCAGGCUCGCUCGCUGCGUCAGCAAAAAUACAGCAGUUCAAAAUGUAAACAAACCGUUUGUUUACAUUACGGACUUGACUUCCACUUUAAUAUACGUACGUAAAACUUUAAAUCUGUUUAAAUGUUACUUAUAAAAUAACCAAAUAAAUAAAGCAACAGAAUUUACUGCUCCGCAAGUUUUAGUAUGAAUUUGUUAAAGCCUGGUUCACAUAUGCCUGCGGUAUGCCUGCGACUGUAUCAUUAUGCCUCUAUACUUGCCGCCGAAAUACCGACAAAGUUGAACUCAAGUCAACUUUCCCGGCCUACCGCCGAUGUAACUGAGGCACUGGCGGCAAUCGGCGAACAAAUGUUCACAUAAUUUACGUUUUAAAGCUAGCACCGGUAUCGUCGCCGGUACGUCGCAGGCAUAUAUGUGAACCAGGCUUAACUUAUUUGUAAAAUAUUUAAAAAUAGAACGAUUCAAAGUUUUACGUGCGUGUACGUGCGUACGAAAAACGCAACAGUGGAAAUCAGCCUUUAGAUCUUAACAGUAAUGUACGUCAGUUGAAUGGCCCCAGCGAGUUAACGCUCCAUAGAGCGUCUUGUUAUGGUAAAAAUGUUUGAGAUGUUGAAAAUGUUUGCACGAUGUGAUGCAUGUAGUUAAAGUUUCAGAUUUAUUUUCGAUUCUGGUGUACUUGAGAAGCAGUGAUCCGUUUUCCUGAUAAAUUUACUUGUACAUUCUGGGCAAGUAAAAUGGGUACGCUAAUAUACAGAGUUUGGAUAUUUUAUCGGUAUUUUAUUUCUCCAUCAAAGGGACGCCGAGUUGCUGUUAGUAUUUCAGUUAAUGAUGAACUUGCAUUUUAGCCUUAGUAGGUUAAUUAUUGUACGAAAAAAUGAGCUGGUUAGUGGGCUACUAUAUUUUAAGGCAUAUUUAUCAAGAUAGGUUAAACUUAGCCACACUUUAUGGACGUUGUUGGUUGGAUUUGCAUCUGGGUUAUUUUGAUGUAUAACGUCAUUAACGUGGUUGUUUGACAUUGAACGGCAUUUUGCAACAAUUGAUCACGUGACCCCACUCCUUUUUGGAGAACACCUUGCUUUGACAAUUGUUCUUGCAUGCUAAGCCCAAUAUAAUUCAAGCAUAUUUUGGAAAUUUUUGAGCUGUCAACUCAAAAUUGUCUCAUUCACCUAUUUUUGGUAUAGAAGUGAUGACGAUAUCUAUAAAAGACUACCCGUUGUCGCGCAGCCAUAAAGAGAUAUCAUGUAGGAAAUAAAGAGAUAUCAAAAACUGUACAAAUGUAAACAAACUACGAAUGUAGAUACGUAAUUAUAGACUCUUGUUAUGUUGCGAAAAUAUAAGACGAGAUAAUACGACUAAUUUCAUUAGUCAUGUACCUGUAGAAGACUAUUAUUAUUAUUAUUAUUAUUAUUAUUAAAAUUAAUGGUUUCUCCCAAAAGGGUUUUUCAGAACCCAUUUACAAAAUUAUUUUAUAAAACUACAAUUUUAAAAUAUUUACAGUUUCUACAAAUUAGGAAUAAAAAUGACUGAUAUCUAAGUUUUUAAUAGUCUAAAAUAGGAAGUAGUCUAUAGUCUAAGUAGACAGUAAGUGUUCUUUAAGUUGACUUUUAAAUGUCUUAAGUGAUGUACAUUUCUUUAGCUCAGUGUCUAAGUUAUUUCAAAUUGAAGCUCCUCUAAAAGCAAAUGACCGUUGCCCUGCCGCUGUUUUAAACAAUGGUAUCUGUAUUGAGUUGCAGUUCCGCGUAGACCGAUUGUGAAUACAAGAUCGUUUCUCAAACAUGUCACAAAGAUAUUUCGGCGCUAAGUUGUUCAUGCAUUUAAAAGUCAUUACGGCAUCACGGAAAUAGAGUAAUUUGUCAACUGUGAGCCACUCAAGAUUUUGGAGUAAUGGGCUUACAUGAUCGUAUUUCUUGGAUCCUGUGAUUAUUUUACAUGCAAGGUUUUGAAUAGAUUGAAGUUUCUUUAUAUUAGUGCAUGUUGUAUUUGACCACACAGUGGAACAGUAGAGCAGUUUACUGAUCACUAAUGAAGUGAUUAUCAUUGUAAGUGUUCCCUUGUCAUAAUUAUUUUUAACUCUGUUUAUCUGGCACAGUUUAUAAAGGCAGGACGACACUAGAUUCGAUAUGUGCUUAUCGUAACUUAGGUGACUGUCCAUUAGAAGUCCUAGAUCUUUGGCAAAAUCAACAGGUUCUAGAAUCUUCCCCAUAAAAGAGAUCGAAAUAUUGACAUCAAGUUCGUUCAUCAGCUGCCUGGUUCCAAUGAUCAUGAAUUUUGUUUUAUCUGGAUUCACCAAAAGAUUGUUUUCGCAGCACCAAGACGCAAUUUUAUGUAGGUCUUCUUCCAGAUUUUUAAUUCCAGUGUCAGCUUCCGUUAAAGGAAACGAUAACAAAGUUUUCGUAUCAUCAACGUAUGAUUCAAGAUCACCAUUGUAAGAUGCACAGGGUAGAUCGUUAAGGUAUAUACAAAAGAGCAAUGGCGAUAAAAUGGCCCCUUGAGGUACACCAUAAGUUAUCGGUAAUGGAUCUGAUAACGUAGAGUUAAUACGGGUUGAUUGGAAACGGUCUGUUAAGUAGCUUCUGAACCAGUUUACUGUUGAUAAUCUAGUGGCCGAAAGUUCGUCAAAAUCUAGUGGCCGAAAGUUCGUCAAAAUAAAUUAUUUUUGGUCAGAGAACGAUUCCUUUUAUUAUAAUGAUGGAUUCUUGCACUUCACUUGGUGGAAUUAUUGUUAGAAUUUUAGGUUUGUAAUCCAAGUGAGAAUAUAUACAUUUUAAGACCUAACCAGGAACGACUGCGAAAAAUGCAGCACAAGGUCCUCUGGUAGGAAUUGAACCUACGCCCUGCGAUUCCGGUGCAGCGCUCUAACCAACUGAGCUACAGAGGGCAGCUGUUAAGCUGUAACCGUAAGUUCAUGUAUAUAUAGGUAAUCGGGUGUGCGGGUUGUGAUAAGGUGGAUUUCAAUUAUGGAUUCUUGCACUUCACUUGGUGGAAUUAAUGUUAGAUUAUAUUAGAUAAUAUUAUGCCUUUACCUGACCGCGCUUCAUCCAUAUUUUCACAAAUAACCAAUGUCUUUAAGAUCUUACUUCCCGUGAAAAUUUGAUACUGAUAUUUUGAAACAUUCAGGAAAUGGAGUUGGAAGAGUCUGAUAAGCAUGUACAAAUGGAAGAUAAUUCAGAAGACAGUGAUGCUGGAAUGAACGUUGCUAUGGAUGGAGAAGAUGAAUAUGAAAAAUCAAGAGGGUAUGAAAUCUUACAAUUUUUAACU